AUGGCUCCAUUCAGUACGUGCCGGAGACAGAGGAGUAAGUGUCUUCUUUCACAAAGGGUAUCUUAGCAACACAUCUUCCCUUCACACCAAGACAUGAACACUUUAGGAUAUGCAAUGAUGUUUGUAUAAUAUGUGAUGACAUUUAUUGUAUGCAAUUUUCCACCUUACAGGAUACAAACCUAAUGGGAAAGAUCUGUUUGAAGGGAAAUUCCACCACUUUUCACUUUUCAAGAUAAGAAAAGGUCCUCAAAAUGGCAGUUACAACUGAACAACAGUGCACAACAUUGAUUUUCAAAACGUUUCUAGCCAGGGGAGGGCAUUUUCCUGCUCACCAUGUCACCACGAUUCUAGUAGUGUUUAUAAUUCACUGUUUUUAAAAAAGUUUUUAGUUUUGAUGACAUCAUUAUAUUGCACUUUUUUAAAUCUUAUCUUUUAACCACAGCACUAUUUUCACAAAUGUAGACACCGGUAUUGUGCUGGAGAUAAUACAUAUGAGUUUUAAAGUGGUGGAAUUCCCAUUUAAGGUAACCAAUGUUUUUCCAACACCAUAAACCCUAACUAAGGAUGUGUGUAUUUUGUUUUAAUCCACUAUCCAUAACUCAUAGUUACCAAAUUAAAAAAGGAAUCACUGACAGAGUUACUGAGUUUGAGAAUGAUCUGGAUUGCCGCUUAAUGUCUUGUAUAUGUGGGCUAGAGAAAAAAAGCAAGUGGAUGAUGAUGGGUAUGUUUGCCUAUUAGGGAACAGGACACUAUUGUGAAAGCCAUCCUGAAUGGUGAUGUGACUACAGUACGAGCUAUGGCUAAAAACACUGGGAAUAACAUACUGUGGCCUGACAAGUAUGGAUGGAUCCCGCUGCACGAGGCUGCAUAUUAUGGUCAAGACCAGUGUGUCAGGGUUCUUCUUGGGGGUAAGUGCAAUUCAAAACUCCAUAGAUGUUCAUGUCUAGUGAUAGGUUAAUGUUUAACAUUAGUACAGUAAUUUUUGGGAUCAUUGUUGUUGUCCUUUUUGGUAAGACUUUUAUCACAUUAUUUUACAGUCCCAUUUCAUCCUGUUGACCUGAUAUUUACCGGGAAAGUGUGUAGUGGUAACUAGGACUGUUACAGUGACCUUAUUACCACCACACCAGCGGUCACGAGUCAUGAUGGCAGUCAAAUUCCACGUGACGGUUUAGUCACUGAAAUUAGGUUUCUCCAAGCGCUGAUGCUGCUGAUGGUCAUUAGUAGCCUACCAAACUUGCUAACUGUCUGGUACUCAGCACUCUAUUGUCCCUCUAAUCACUCUGACAUCAAUGCAAAUGUAAUCAAACACUUCAUGACAGCCCAUGAGCUUAUGUUGCGCAACAUUUCUAUAGGCUAUGUAAUUGUGUGAGAAAACAGAGUGAAGGCCUCUAUUAAAAACAGGCCAGGCCAACUAUAUUUAUUUAUCCUUUCCUAAUAUUAAGCACAUUGCUUCUCUUUAAAACAGGAGUAUAGCCUACCUGGCUGGCAUGAAAAUGACCCAUGGGAAAAGCAUCCUCCAUUCGCUAUUUAAGGGCAUAUGGAUUACAUUUAUUUUUUUCCACUGCCCCUGUUUCGAGACAGGUGCAUGAUAAUGGUCCAUUCUAAAUCAAAACAAAUUUCACACAUAUAUUAUUUACUAUAUGUAAAGAUUAAAUCAAGAAUAGUCUGAUGGGUGACAAUAUUAGCCUAUCACUUGUGAAUGAUAUAUUAUCACUUGUGAAUGAUGCCCAGCUUGUGUGCAGUAAGGCAAGAAACAGUGCCUUUUUUUGCAACUUUUCCAAAUAAUAGUCACACACCUCAUGUACUCUAGCCCGUAGGCCUAUAUGUUUUGAUAAGGUUUGUAUCACAACUAAAGUGGCCAAAUAACUUCUUAAAAUGAAGCACAUUAAUCUGCUCUCCAACAGGUGUAGAGCCUAACUGGCAUACAUACACACCACGUGAGUUUCAAGUUUGGGGAAGAUAAUUUUCACCAUAAAAAUGCACCUUUAUAAUAAAAGCAUUACAUGCAUAAUCACAUUUGCGGUCACUUUUGAGUAUGGUGUUUUCUAGCUAAUGGAACAUUCACGCUUAUAGCCUACUGCCAUGUGUGCAUUGCUGCGCUUAUAAUGUGAAGAAAUAGCCUAAUAGUUUAUCAACAUUUUAAGCUAAACAUUCUGAUCUGUUGUGUCAGCCUCAUUGCUUAAAAACGUUUUUGGGAUGCUAGUGGUUGUAUUAAUUUGGGAUCUAUCUCAUCCCACAACUGUCCCAGACUAUGUUUGGAAUAUUUAUUUCUCGCACAGAAUAGGUCAACUUUUGUACUAUGGGGGAUGGUAGAUUGACAUAGGCUAGUGCUUUUGCUGUUCGUUAGGUCUACUCAUCUUGUUGGCUGACGAAAAGUAAAUGUGGACAGUUUUUCCAAUAUCUUCAAUAUGCGCCUCGUAAUUGGAUAAGGACGCAUGCAGUUGAGUCCCCAAUGUGUCUGUCUUCACUUGAAGCUUGUGAGAAAGACCAGAUCACGUGACAGAGAGCCAUUUGAGUGAGAGGUGCUUUGGAGCAUGCAGCCGGGAGAAGGGAAUUAUAAUUAUCAGAUUCAGCCCAAGGGCACAAUGGCCACAAAAGGCAUGGAUUUGUUUUAGGGGGCAUUACGGCCACACAAAUGGAAUGCCGCUGGGAAAUUCAAGGCAUUAUCAAGUGCUUGUCAAAUUGUGAAUGAGAGACUGAUGAAGUGUGUACAGCCUGCACAAAAAACAAAGCAGAGCUCAUGCCUUUCAUGUCACUUUUUUGAAAUCAUCAUUAGAGUUGCAUCAUGCAGCCUUAGAAUGUAUUAAAUAUCCAACGUUUGUAUCACAACUAAAGUUACAUAAAUAACUCUAAAUUAAGCAUAUACUGUAGGAGUACCUGCUGUUGUUAACUGCUCAACACAGAAUAGAUGCAUGUGCGCACUCCCUCAAAUCGUUUGGAGAAAAUAUCCUUUCUAUUUUAUUCAGCUAUGUUCAGUUGUAUUCUUCAUACUAUAAAAUUAUAUAAAAUAAUGCCACGGAAUUCGUAGCAAAUCUUGUCCGCUAAAUGAACUAAUGUAGCCCACAGCCAUAUGGCAUAGCCAGAUCAGGGCCUAACAUAAGGACAACUCAGUAUGCUAUUCUGUUCUUCUGAAAUAGACUACAUUUUCUUCAUAUCAUGUUUAUUUAGACCUGUCUAAAAUAAAUAAUGGAUUUAUUGUGACGGUGUAGGCUAUAUUACAUGGAUUUAUUAUACUUUUUUAAAUGUAGACGUUCCAAAGGUCUGCAUCAGUGGUUGUAGGCUAUUCGUGGAAGCCAGGAGAUGCUAAAUGUGUUUAUGUUAAGGCAGUUAUUUUCUUGACAAUCACCAUCUGACGAAAUUUCAUGACCGCCACAGGUAACAAUGGAUAUUUCUGGGCUCACGUCAAAGCAUUGAACAAUUGAGCACAAUAGCAGUCCAUACCAAGUAAAAGCCAGCUAAGUAGCAGACUAAAAUAAAGUAUAAAAUAAAGUAUAGCCUAGUCAAAUUUUUAUCUCCUGUGUUCUUCUUUUCACUUUUCAAGCUCAACCUAGUAUGAUUAACAAGUGUGACCUGAAAGGCCAGACUGCUCUCAUCUUGGCGGUGUACAGGGAAAAGGUGGCCUGUGUAGAGACGCUUCUGGAGAAAGGGGCUGAUCCAGACCUCGCCAACAAGGACAGAGAGACCCCACUCUACAAAGGUAACAUUUGCCUUAGAGACCUACAAUAUCUGCCGAUCUCUUUGUAAUUAUCCUUUUAUUUUAAGUGUAGUAAGUCAUAGGCUACUUGACUGAUAGUAAAAUUAUGUGUUGGGCAGCAAGAUCAGCACACCGUGAGAAAAAAACUGGAUAAAAAAACUUGCCCUUCAUGGAUUAGAAAGAAAAUUACUGGUUCUCCAGCCCAAGACUACACGGAUCUAAUGCUUUUGCAUUUGUGGGGAGUACUAGUGAACAAGUGCACACUUCAUGAGAAAGGAAAGGUAUUGGGAGACAGCGAUGGCUUGAUAUGAGAAAUACAGCUACACUCAAAAUCUGCCAUUAUAGAAUGUCUCUUCCAAUACCAUGCCAAGCUGUCUUGCGUACCCUGGGAAUACCCCAAACACUUGUUUAGGAAACAAUGUCUUCCAUGACUAACAAAGUCUGGGAUUUCUUCCAUUUAACUUAAUAUUUGACUGUUUUCCACAGCUUGUGAAAGUGGUAAUGCUGAGAUUGUGGUCAUGCUUCUGAAUCACGGUGCUGUGGUGAACAAACACUGCAUUCAGGGCUGUACAGCUCUCCAGGAGGCUGUGAGCCGCAACAACGUGGAGAUCUGUGAGAUCUUGGUCCAGGCCGGGGCUAAACUCAGCCCGACCAACAUGUAUGGUAUCGCGCCCCUGUUUACUGCAGCCCAGAGUGGACACGUGGAAACACUUCGAUUUCUCAUUAAACACGGUACGUCUUUCCCCUGGAAAAAUGGGUGAACUCUGCAGGUCAGUAGUCACCAACAUUUUCUGAGUCAAGAUCACUUUCGCAGUCAAAAAGCAAGCCGAGAUCCAAAACUCAGAUUAUUUUUUAAACAUGAUUUCUUUUUUUUACAUUAACCUAAUAAAAACAGUUAUUCUGUUAGAAUGAGGUUUGUGCAGUAGGCCUAGUACAUAAUCACAGCAUAUUGGCUACAACAUGCCUGGCCUGCCAAUAUUGUUCUUCUCAGACCAUAUUAUAUUUGAAAACUCAAGGUUUGAUUACUAAAUAGAUCAGUUGGUGUAGCACUUUGCAAGGCACAGCUGAGCAUAAAUUGAAAUAAUUUCCAAAUAAUUAGCUUUUUUAUUUUAUUGGACUGAUGGUACCUGCUUCUGAUGUUAAUUGUGCUUUCAAGACAACUGGGAACUCGGGAAAAAAAAAAAACAAGGUCAAAUCAUGACGUCAGUGAUCGUACGUCUAGAAAGAUGCCAGAGUUUCCGACUUGGAAUUCCGAGUUGGAUGACCGUUCAAAACGAUUUUUCACAGUUGUCUUGAACGCACUGAAGUCAGAAGUCAGAGAUUUCUGAGUUCACAGCAUUUGUCUCAGCGGAGGGAGGGAGGGAGGGAGGGAGAGAGCAGCAGAGAGUCCACCUCUCACUGUCCCUUCUCUCUCCUUUCUUUCCUCCGGUGAGACUGACCAAAGAGAGGGGACACCAUCUUCCACCAGAUGGCAAAACUCGAGUCACACCGCAUCUGCCUCAUGCACAAAUUAAUGUUGUUCCUAUGACCAGAGAAAGUGAAAUAUUCCAUGAUAUUAAAAGAGACACGACAUGCUGCUAAUAAUAAUAAAAAUGCAGGGCUAUCGAUACACUUGGCUACUCAUUCAUUGCAGCUGCAGCGUGUUUUAUGUUUGGUAAUAGUUAUGAAUAAAAACAGUGUUGACAGUGCUGAAUAAAAAAUGUAACAUUAACUCACUCGUAAAAACAGCAACUCUUUGCUGUAUUCUUUGACAGUCUCUCUGUGGUCAUGGUUUUAAAAGUUAUUCAAUCUUAUGUAAGCUAGUAUCAAACUUUGCUGUGGCAGGGGUCGUGGAAGCGCUUUGUAAGCACAGUGAUUUGAGCUAUCCGAUUGGCCAGUACAGUAGGUCCACUCGGUUUAGCCACAGAUCUCCCGGUCCGCCAGGUAGACAGAGUUGAUAUUUUCAGACAAAUAAAAUGGUUCAGAAUGGGAACACUUUGCUUAUCCAGUGCGCAGGGCUUCUGAAUCAAGGUCACCUACUGCCAACAGCGGAAAAAUAAAAGGGAGCGCAGGUCUUUAUUGUUGGGUUUUUUACAGACAUGUUUUGUGAUCGACUAGGAAUGCCUUGAAGAUCGGCCAAAGAUCACAUAAAGCUGUUAUGGAGCUCUCACUAUGGAUAUUUUGUUGACUUUUCUAACUGUAAUUUGCACUGAAUAUGUUGUAGGUGCUGAUAUCAACAGUGAGGCAAGUGAUGGGGCCACAGCUCUGUAUGAAGCGGCUAAGAAUGGCCAUGAGGACAUUGUGGAGCUUCUUCUUUCUCAGGAUGCUGACGCCAACAAAGCAGGCAAUAGAGGACUUCUGCCACUACAUAUCGCUGCCCAACGAGGAACUGAUG